GCAGCAUAAGUUAAUGCAGUAAGCCUGUGUUUGGUGCGCACGCGUACAUUCAAUCUACGGCGACUUUUUAUUCCAAAAAGCUCGUAUCGGCCAUAUUGGUGUGUUGUAUCAUUUUCUCGGUGAUUUCGGAGUAAAAAAAGGAGUUCUAGCAUCAUGACGGAUUCUCUGAAGUUCGGUCCAGAAUGGUUACGCAAUUUGGCAGGAGAUGGAUGCAGUGGAGGCGGAGGCGGAAGUCUCACAAUUCCUCGGUAUCAGUUGGCGGAGCAUAGAUACGGUCGAGAAGAGAUGCUUGCUCUUUUUGAUCGUAUGUGUAAGCCUCCAGAGCCAUUGUCAAGUUUUACAGCGCUUUAUAUACCAAAAGCUCAGCUACCAUUGGCAUUAAUACAAAUGACAGAGGAAGAAACAUGUUUAUGGAGUGGGGGAGGUGGAAAUAAUAGUGCUAGUCGUGGUAGAGGUGGUAGUGUCGAUCGUGGAGGGCGGAAUAGAAGUGGAAGAACGGGCGGUCAUUAUCGUGGUGUGGGCUUUGAAGAUAUGGGAGAAGGUCCAAGAAUUGAAACACAAUCAUUUCCGGUGCGAACCAGAGCAUUUGAUAGACCUCCAAGUGAACGUACCUGGUCAGAACGAAACGGAGUAGAUCCGGCUGAGUGGAACGGGUCAACUAGUCCUAGAAAGGAUGUGAGUCGUGCUUUAAGUGGCAAUUCUCUUAUGGAAAGUAAUUGGAGGCGCAAUCGAGGUGGUGGAGGAAAUGACGAUGGUUGGCGAUUGAAUAAAGCAAGAGCUGAAAAAUGGACUAAAGAGAGUUGGCGUGAUGCUGAUAAAGAACGAGACGAAAAAAUAGAUGGCGAUGAAGAUAAAAAGAGAGAACGUUGGGAUCAUAAAGGGAGUAAUAGAGCGUUUGAUUCUCAUCCACCUCCAUUACGUAAAAAUCGUUCAAAUCAUCAUGAUAAUCACGAUAAUCUACCAGAAUGUGAGUUUUACAGGGCGACCGAAAAUCCCAGUGAAAGUGGUGGUAGUUUCGAUGCCUCCGGAGCAUUUCAUGGCAUGUACUCAGAUGACGAUGAGGAGCAUCCAGAUCGAGUGCAUCACGAUAGAAAGCAACGGGGCUCACGAAUACGUCGUGUUUCGGAGGGUAAUGCUUCACAGUAUAAAAAUGGUGUAAGAUCGGCUCCCAUUAUUAGUCGGUCAACAAAAUUCGACCGGGCAUUAAACGGUGAACGGCCAAAGUCCUUGCAUGCUGAAUCUGAAGAUCAAAUUUUACCACCAGAGAAGGAGACGAGACGUAGUUUAUCACCAAUAAAGUUAACAUCAGUUUCCAGUAGUCCCUCUAUUAAAAAGACCUCGUCCACGACGAAUAAUAACACUAGUCAAACUGUUAGUAGUAGUCAACCAGCGACGAACUCCAUCGAUUCGAGGAAGAAAGAUAAAGGAACAAAGCAAUUAAUACAAGAAAAACCUCAGAAGAAUUCACCACAGACGACCACUACAAAUGUGCCAGUUUCUAAAGCCAAAUCGAAAAUAGAAAGCCCAAUGAAAAUAGAUGAUCCAAAACCUAAAACCGAGCGCAAUAAAACAUCCAGUAAAGCAGAGAACGCCAACAAACUUGAAUUGCGAAAGCCCGUGGAGCCGACGAAAAUCAAAAUAUCAAAUAUUCCACAGCAACAACAGCAACAACAACAACAACAACAACAACAACAACAGCAACAACCGCUACAAUCAAUACCUCAGCGAGUUCCUGCGGAUGUGGGUGUCAACAUAAUACAGCGGCAAGAGCAAACGGACGACAAACAGAGAACAGAAACAGACAACUUGGAUAGGAUGGAGGAAGAGGUCGCAAAACUCAUUGAUGGCGGAAGUCCUCGAGACGAAAAGCCAGCAUCGAGUGUUCUGUCUUCGUCGGCGGUCGUCGUAAAUCAAACGGUUAUCGAGUCGACAAUACCGCCAGGCACACAGACCACUACAGUUAUACAAGAGAAAUGGUAUUAUAGGGAUCCGCAGGGCGAGGUUCAGGGUCCUUUCCUUGCCAGCGAGAUGGGCGAGUGGCAUAAACAGGGCUACUUUACACCAAAUUUACUGCUCAGGAGAACCUGCGACGAGAGAUACACAACGCUUGGCGACCUCAUAAAUUUGUGUGGCAGAGUACCAUUUAAACCAGGCACCAAUUUCCCUCCACUCAAGCUCUCCGAUAUGAGAAUGUCGCCGAGUGUUGUUGGAGCGGUGCCGAACACUAUGCCAGUACCCGGUGGCUUGCCCAAACCGACCCCCAUCGAUGAUCCGCUACUCCUGUAUCAGUACCAGCAAUACCGACUCCUGCAGAAUCAGCAGAUGUUCUUGAAGCAGUUGCGUGCGAGUGCCAUUGGUAAGCUGUCUCAGUCGGAGCAGUGGGCGAACCUCAGCCCCGUCGAGCAAAAUCAGCUGGUAUUGCAAUAUGUGAGAUCGAUCGAUUCGGAAAUAUCGGAGAUGCCACAAUCCCAGCCGCCGGCUGUCCCAAGUACUUUUAUACCUACGAUGCCGCAACCGGCACCACCUUCGAGCUCGGUACUGCAAAUCUUUCCCCAACUUCAUCAGGCAGCAAAAAGUCAUCCAGAACCAGCGCACGUACCCGCGCCCAGUCCCCAUAUGUCUACUGGUGCAAUAGAUCCGAUCCAGCAACUGAUGCAACAAAUGAGCGGCAUGCGAAAUUUGCCGCCCUUACCGCAGUCGACGAUCGUUCCAAGUCCCCCACAGCCACAACCCCAGCACCAGCCCCAACCGCUACCCCAACCCCAGGACGACAAUCCGAUAAAAUCCUGGCUUAGGCAGCUCGCCGUCAAUAGCAGUGGACAUAUUCAGCAACAACCCCAGCUGCAGACUCAGAUCGAGUCAGUAUGGCAUCAACCACCGCCUCAUCUUACGUCCUUUAACGCGCAAAAUUGGAUGACGCAGGUUGGUGCGAUUCAACCAACAGUACCUCCUGGCCAACUGCCUGGCUCAUUAUGGGAUAUUCAUCCUAAGGAUAUGAAGACAGAGCAACAAAUAUUGGAGGAACAGAAUCUAAAAAUGCAAGAAGAAAAAAAGAAAGAGGAGCUGCGGAAGAAAGAAGAAUUAGAAAGACAAAAGGUCGAACAAGAACGCGUUAAACGUCAGCAAGAGGAAGAAUUAGCAAGAUUGAAAGCAGCUGAGGAAGCGGCAAAGCGAGAAGAGGCCGAGAGAAAGAAACGUGAUGAGGAGAAAAGACGUCUUGAAGAAAUAAAGCAUAAGCAGGAAGAAGAGCGGAGAAAACUGGAAGAAAGGCGACGUAAGGAAGAGGAGAGGAAACGCGAGGAAAAGCGAAAACAGGAUGAAGAGCUGAAUAGGAAAAAGCAAGAAGAGGAAAAGAGAAAACGCGAGGAAGCCCAGAGACAGGAGGAAAAAUUAAGAAGAGAGGAGGAACAAAGAAAAAAAUUGGAAGAAGAGCAGAAGAGGCAGGAAGAAGAAAGAUUAAGAAAAGAGGAAGAGGCCCGUAAGAAAUCCGAGGCCGAGGAACAAGCGAGAAAAGCCGAGCAAAGACGAAGAGAGGCUGAGGCGCUUCGGAAAUUACAAGAACGCAGUAAGGCUCCCUGGGCUCAAGCUCCUCCUGCACCCCCACCAACUGCCCAAGCCUCUCUAGCCGAGAUUCAAAGGCUUGAAAGAGAAAAGAAGGCUGAAGAUUUGCGGCUUCAGCAGUUGCUACAACAGCAGCAAUUGGCCCAGCAGAAGGCAGCCGAAGCAGCUCAGGAAGCACUUACAGAUUCUGCCAAACGUUUGCAAUUUAAAUGGGCCGAAAAGGCCGCUCCCAUUAAUAAUAUGAAUCAGGUGAAGAGCCUCGCCCAAAUUCAACAGGAAGAGCAGGAGAGAGUCGCCAAAGUUAAGCAUCAAGAAAGAGAAAGACAAGAAAAAGAGAAGGCCAGUCAGAAAGAGGCAACUAUUACACUGCAAAAUGUCAGUAUUUGGGGUACGGCAUCUCAGAGUUUAAAUUGGUCAAACACUUCAAACUCUAGUAACCAAAUUUAUGGAGCUGGUGGGGGCUUUUGGGAUGAUUUGACUCCAAAAGUUAACACCAUUGCUCCAAAAAUGGUUAACGCCGUAAGUUCUAAGACAUCGAUAAAGCAACAGACGACCGCCGCCAAAUUAUCUCCUCAGCAGAAUCAGCAUCAGCAUCAGCAUCAGCAUCAGCAGCAGCAGCAGCAGCAGCAGCAAAAUAAUAAAAUGGUGAAGAAUAAAAACAAAAAGGAAGAGGAAUUGGUGAAGAAGCUUUUUGAACAAAAUACUGCCAAAACUGAUGAUUUCACCCAAUGGUGUAACAAAGCUUUGACUGGUCUUCAAGUAUCAGUAGAUAUACCUACUUUUAUUGGCUUCUUACGCGACAUUGAAGCAGCAUAUGAAGUUAAAGAAUAUGUACGUAUGUACUUGGGCGAUGGUAAACAAUGUUCUGAAUUCGCUAAGCAGUUUUUAGAAAAAAGAAGUAAAUGGAAAUCGUCUCAGCGGCCACAGACACACGCAGAUGAUUUAUGUAAGCCAGCUCCUGCUGUUAAUCCAAAUACUUCAACGGAAUUUCAAGAAGUAAAGAAUAAAUCCAAAAAACCGAAGAAAGGCAAAAUGUUUAAAGUAGAUAGUAAAAUGCUCGGUUUCAGUGUUAUGUCUGCCCCAGAUCGCAUCAAUGUCGGAGAUCGUGAUUAUGCAGAAGGCGUAUAAAUAAGAGAUAAUUGGAUCUCGAAUGUUUAAUUUGGAGAACUGUUCUUCAUAACUUUGGUUCGUCCCAAAAGAAGUUUUAAUUUAUUUUUCUUGUAUUCUAUUAGAGGCAGGAUUGUAAAUUUCUCGACGAGGAUACUCCGCUAACCAUAAAGAUUUUCUGUGAAAACUUAUAGGGAGACUCCCAAAUCUAUUCUUGGAUUUCAAAAUGUCGAGAACUUAUAAAACCUACUCUUUUUAUUCUUUCUCUCAGAUGACAAAAAUUAUAUUAAAUUUUUUCAGAAUGCACACGCAUAUACGCAUUGAAUAUUGUUAAUUAGAUGAAUAAUUGAGCGUCGGUGAAAGAAAGUACACUUCUAGUUGAUAAGAUGUUUUUUCCUAAUUCUCUAAAUGAGUCUUGUUUCCUAUUAUUCAUCUUCCGUUUAUUACACAAAAGUAUUUAAAUUUAAGCAAGUUCUUUAAUGCUAUUUAAAUUUUUUAUAUAAAAAUUUGCAAAACUUGAGCGUGCUUUAAGCACGAAGAUCUUUGAUAUGACGAUUUGCAUAUAUUAAAGUAAGUUCUAAUCAUUAUUAACAUUAAUCAUUUACUCCUGAUAAUUAUAAGGUGUACAUAAGUUUAUGCAGUUUGUCAAUUUUCAUACAUCGUUAUUUACAUUUUUAUUUUAAAAAAAAAUUUACAACAAAUGUAAACAUUGUCUGAGAUAUCAAAUAUCUUUUUGAAAUUUAGCAAGUGUUCUUCGCGUACUUGUAUUUUUGUUAACGAAAAUCACUUUAAAGUCUUAAUAAAGAAUGUAUUUUCAUCGGAAGAAUAAAUUGUGAAAAUCA